AUGUCCAAUGACCAGGCAUACAUAUGCCUUCAGGCGGUGAGUAUAGCAGAAGAAGCCACGCUUAAAUGCAGGAAUGCGAUAAACGUUCUACAUGCUUCGCUAAGAUGUUCGGCAACGACAGUGUCAACAGAGCCACCGGCUGAACGUACAGGUGAACGUAUUGACGCAUCCGAUCAGUUACACAAACAGUCCCCAUCGAAGAUACUGCGCGAUAAAGAGACUCAUAAAUCAGACAGUGACAUUGUUACGCAGCAAAAAGUUAGUACGGAUGGAAUAGAGAGGUAUGAGAGUGUACCUGAGAGCUCAGCAAAAUCAUCAUUAGACAAGAACGGCCAGGCAGUAGCGAUAGAUGAAUCGGCAGCUAAAUACGCCUGGGAUGUGGAUCUGGGAAACCAAUGUCGUGAAGCGUGCCCACAAUUACGUAGAGUAUACACAAACGCACUGGACGCAAACACUGCUGAGUUGCAAAGCCUUGUGGCACUGUCACACAAAUUAUCUGAGAUACGGAAGGUACGACAGUUUGCUUCUCCGCCGAAGUUUUUGGAGCGAGUGAAUGCAGAGAAACAGAAACCAGCCCAGUCAGACUCAGAUACCCUGGGAGACGACGACAAGGGCGGUGUGAGCAAGACACACAAGCGUGCACAUUCAUUGAACGAUUAUGAGACAGCAGAAAGCUCAGGUAAACGGCGAGAUGUGGAGAAGAAGGGGGUUAGUAGAGCGCAUAGUGAAGUGGCCAUGCUGAAAGAUGCGUUGACACCAGCGUCAACAAGCAGCUACACGCGCGGGGGUGGCGCAAACACGAGUGCGAACGACCGCAUCGCCAGCAGCGCGCGUGCGCAAGAGCACAAGCACACGAUCAAGCACGACGCCAAUGCAGCGCCGCAGGUCACGCGGCAACGUACUGUGGGCAAGAGUGAGAUCAUCAACUCGCUGGAUGCACGCAUCCCUGUAUGGAAACCGUCGCGUACCAGCGACACGCCGCCGCCGCUGUGUGGCGCGACGCCAGUAGACACGCAAUAUGUGGUGCCGAGUGGGCACCACGUGGCAGCGAAGAUUAGUAAGCCGCGCGAGUUGGAGGAGGUGUGGAUUUUGGCAACCGUGGUGGGGUUUAUUAGCGAUAAGAACAAAUAUAUUGUGCGGGAUAUCAUGGAUGAAGGAGGAGGGGAUGCGCACACAAGAGCGGGGGGUGGGCUGGGUGCGGAUGCAAAUGGGAAUGGUAGCAAGCAUGGGGGUAAGCAUGAUAUAAGAAGUAGUAAGAAUGGGGCGGACGGUGAUACUGGCGCGGCUGUGGGGAAACUGGGCACACAGCAUUAUUUGAGCCGAAAAUAUGUGAAGCCCCUCCCUAGGAGUGUGCCACCGACGAAUUACAAACCAGCGCCGUACUACAAAGAAGGUACUGAAGUGCUAGCGAUGUAUCCACAAACCACCUGCUUCUAUCCGGGGAAGGUGCUGCACGCUCCACACUCGCAACACGGGUUCAUGAGCCGGAACGACUAUAUUAUCGAGUUCUCCGACGAUGAAGAUAUGGACGGCACAGUACCGGCAAGACCGAUUGCGCAGAAACAUGUGAUCUCUAGGCCUAAAAAAUAG